UCACCUCAGUUCCUGCUGCAAUCUUGAACGGUAGUGACUGAUGAGUGUAGUGUUGUGGGCUCGACUGGCUGGCUUUAUCUUCAACGUACAUUUUCCCAGUUUUAUUCAGUGUUUUACGGAACAUUUUUUCCAGAGGUGAAGCCUAACACGUCUAUCGAAGAUGUCUGUGGCCGGACUGAAAAAACAGUUCCACAAAGCCAGUCAGCUACUCAGUGAAAAGAUCAGCGGUGCCGAGGGGACCAAGCUGGAUGAAGACUUCAUGGAGAUGGAGAGGAAAAUUGAGGUGACCAACAAGUCGGUGUUUGACCUCUUGUCCAAAACAACAGAAUACCUCCAGCCUAACCCAGCCUCUCGAGCCAAACUGAACAUGCUGAACACGGUGUCUAAGAUCCGAGGGCAGGUGAAGACUACGGGCUACCCUCAGACCGAAGGCCUGCUGGGAGACUGCAUGCUGCGCUACGGCCAGGACCUGGGAGAGGACUCUGUCUUUGGCUGUGCUCUGGUGGACGUGGGCGAGGCCAUGAGGCAGAUGGCGGACGUGAAGGACUCUCUGGACAUAAGUGUCAAACAAAACUUUAUUGACCCGCUGCAGACUCUACAGGACAAGGACCUGAAAGAAAUCACGCACCACCUGAAGAAGCUGGAGGGCCGGAGGUUGGACUUUGACUAUAAGAAGAAGCGUCAGGGGAAGAUCCCAGACGAGGAGAUCCGGCAGGCUGUGGAGAAGUUUGACGAGAGCAGAGAGCUGGCCGAGAGGAGCAUGUUCAACUUCCUGGAGAACGACGUGGAGCAGGUGAGCCAGCUGGCGGCGCUGAUCGAGGCGGCCGUAGACUACCACAGGCAGUCGUGUGCAAUCCUGCAGGAGCUCAGUGGGAAGCUGCAGCAGAGGAUAGCCACAGCCAGCAGCCAGCCCAAGAGAGAGUUCAAACCGAAGUCUGUCAGGAGCAACGUGGACCUCAUGGACAACAGUCAGCACAACGGCCUGUCCUACCGCUCCUCGCUCCGAUCCACCGAUAUCGAGAUCCACCCCCCAGUCAAUGGGAAAACGGAUCAUAUAACCUCCUUUCCUCUGACAUGGCCCGAGAGCCCCGCUAUCAAUGGCAACGCUCACCAGUCCGAGGCGUUGGACCAGCCGUGCUGCCGCUCGCUCUACGACUUUGAGCCAGAGAACGAGGGCGAGCUGGGCUUCAAGGAGGGCGACAUCAUCAUCCUCACCAACCAGAUAGACGAGAACUGGUACGAGGGCAUGAUCCACGGCGAGUCGGGCUUCUUCCCCAUCAACUACGUGGAGGUGAUUGUCCCUCUGCCUCAGUGAACGCCGGCACCUGGAGUCCUGCACAGACUCCAAACGCCUGCCUCGCCCCACUCAGCCACUGGCCUCUGGCCUCCGCCCGAUUCGGGACGCAACAUGGACGGGGGCCAGCUCAGCCCCAAGCUGGGAAAACAAGUCCUCUCUUCUGAUUUUCAAACCGCGCCAGAGAGGUAGUAGUUUGGUCCCAAACUGACUUAAGUUGAAAUUUCCCAGAUUACGUUGUUUUUUUCUCUGAUGAUAUUUAUGAACCUGAAGCCAACUGAAACCCAAGCCAUUAAGUGGGACACUCUGCCUGGUUGGACCCUUUGUGUCCUUUGGGUCCUGACCAAGGUAAAAAAAAAAAUGUCUAGAAGUCGUCAAACUCUGUAAUCCAUCCUGUCAGCUCCUCAGAUGACGCUGACCUAGUUGAUCUGGGUAAACCUUUUUUCACUACAAACCAAUGAUCUGCUUUUAUCUGCAUCAUAGUAGAGCUCUGCAAUUUGGGGCGGGGGAAAUCAAAUAUCACAAUAUUUUGGACCAAAUGCAUCAAUGUUGUUAUUGCAGCAAUAUUGUAGGGUUGACUGUUGUUGUUUCCAAAAACAUAAAAACACAAUGAGAGUUUUGAUAAAUAAUCACCUAUAAUGUGAAUUCAAUGACAAUAAGUGGGUAAAGGCAAAUAACACAAGAGUAAGUAAUUCUAGUUUAGAAAAUGACAUACUGUAAUGCAGCCUUUUAAACCAGGAAAAUACAACACUUUAACAUAUAAUAUCGAUGUAUUGCCCAGCCCGACAUCAUAGCCACAUUAGGAACAUGAUUUUCAGGAUAUUUUCCAUCCCAUUACAAUGUCAUAUAAUUUCCCCCAAAAAGAUAAGAGGCCUUGUGUUUGCAUCACUUGCCCCAUCAGAGCGAUUGCUUGAACUACCUGUAUGUUUUAAGAAAAAACUAAUUUUCUCAGCCCUUAAAGUGUAUUCCACUGAUUUUUAUAUGUUUGGUAUUUUAAAAGCUAGUUGUGCUUUUACUUAUGACUCUUCGUGAGGCCUUCAGGAGAAGUCUUGCCAAAGUUCAAGGAAAAUUCCACUUGAUUACAGCUUUGUUCUUGUUGUCGUAGUUUUGGCCGUUAUUUCUAUCAGUAAUUAUAACGUUGUACUCCUGAAGUUAACUGCUGACUGAGAUUGUCCUAAACAUUUUAUUUGUAAGUCUUUACAAUCAUGCACGCACCGCCGUGUACCGCCAUGCGCUGGAUGCCAGGCAGUUAUCCUGGAUAUGUACUACUGUUGAUCCAGACUGGGGGAGACCAAAACCAGAGGAGUGUGACUAUCAGGUGGCCAAAAAACAUGACUCCAAAAAAAAAUGCUGGCAUAUUACUCAGUCUCUGUUGGGUGCGUGGUCAGCAGUUUCUAAGGCCAUUAUAAUUGUUGGAUAUGUAAUUGAAAUGAUGGCCAAGGUUACAAAUUAACAUCCAAGUUGUUAGAAACCAGAGUUAUCCUUAAAAAUAUCAAAAUACAACAUUUGGUCCAUGUUAGAUUUUUUUCUUUCCACACAACUAUUUAUUUUCAACAUGCUUUGUUAUAAUUUUGUAUACAUUUCAAGCUCGGACAUUGAUCCCACCGAGCUAGAGUAAAGUCACAGUUGGUGUUUGACAGCGUCACAUUCCAGUGGGACCAUGGCAUUAUGGGAUGUAAAUGGCUACUCUGUUAGACUCUGCCCGUGUUCGGCCUGUCCCGUGCUGUAACUCUGUACAUUUCUGUUCUAGUCUUUUCUCCUAUCCCAAACUGACUUUACCUGUUUGCCUGCUGCGCUCUUAAGUGUCGCCUGUUUUUACAACUGUGAGGAAGUGAAGUGAACUUCCUCUCUCUCUCCCUCUCUCUCUCUUUCUCUCACUGUUUACAUGCUCUGACUUAUUGUGACAUAAUGUAAGGACUGAACAGCCCACUCUGUGUCAGAUAGGGAUGAAUGCCUUGGCACACUGCAACCAUAUGAAUGUGCUUUUUUGAAUCGUUGUCUUUGUUUGCACUGAAGCUAUAGAAUCGACCCAGCACAUACGUGUGUUCAUGGACACGCACCUUUUUGUAUGUCGAUAUUUACUUUCUCCUUUUCUUCAGCGUUGCACUUUGUGUUGUUCACAACCGGGUUAGAAUCACUGAUGCACAUGUAUACGUGACGUCACAGUGGUAGAUGCUUAUAUUUAUAUAACCACAGAUGUUCUUAGGACUGUACUACUGUAUUAUGAAUCCACUAUCUCAAUUUUGUGAUGUAGAUUGGGAAUAAUGUAUCUUAAAUAGGAUGUCCGUGGAAGCAGAUGAUCUUGUUGUCUUGUGAAGCUCAUUCCAGCUCUCUGAUUGGCUAGUGAUAAGCUGUAGGUUAAAUAAAGGCCUGCGGUUUGUUUUUUUUACUCCCAUCACGCCGGGAGUAUGUAGAAAAGCUGAAAACCAGCAGUUGUUCCUCCUGACUGUUGAUUUAGAGACAAAUUACUGUAAAUUAUAUCCUUUAUUUACCUUAUCUGCAGACGUAUUUAUCAAAACUUUAUUUCUGUUUUUUAGAUUAAUUUUUAUUAAUUUCAAUUUUAUUUAUAGUAUCAAACCAUAACAAGAGUUAUCUCAGGUCUAGACCACACUAUAAUUUACAAAGACCCAACAGUUCCAACAAUUCAUCCAAGAGCAAGCAUUUAGUGCGACAGUGGCGAGGAUAAAGUUCCUUUUUACAGGCAAAAAACCUGGGACAGACCCAGGCUGUUAGUAGGCGGUGUCUGACGGUGCCGGUUGGGGGUUUGAUGAACAUUGGCAAUUAUAGUCACAAUAAAGAUAGUGGAACAGUGACUAGAAAUAGUAGUUGUAGCAGUUCAGGGUAUGGUAUGGUGUAGCAGGGCAUAGAGCAGGACCACGGCAGCAGCUCCAACCAUGGUGGCCAGAAGGCAUAAGGACUCCGGAGAAUAAGCUCCCCAGAGCUAAGUCAAAUGAUAUUUUAGUAAGAAGCCCUCCUGUGUUGUGAUCCGCUCCUGUUUUACUGGCAUGUUGAUGCAAACUCAAAAGUACGUCUGGAUGCAUUCAUGAUAACGUACAUUUCCACCGCAUUAAUUCCAUCCUUACAACAGGGUCAGGUCCUACUCACCGCUCUGCUGCUCGCAGUUUCUCAUGUCAACAAAAUACUCGUUUCUGUUAUUAAUUUAUUCUGAUCACAUUGUUUAAAAAAUCUGUCACGUGCCCCACUAACGGUGAACGGAAGCUAAUUACUUUUAGAUUCUGGAUUCUGGGUCAGUUUAGCAACUCUAGCCUGUUUGGUUCACAGCUGCAACAGAGAAGAGUAACAGAAACCUAUCUGAUUGUGACAUAAUCCAGCAGAGCCCUUAAAGAUUUAAAGUAUUUAAAGUGUGUUUAUAACAUGCUGUUCCUAGUAAGCUCUUAGUUUGAAAGAUUUGCAGGAAACGUUAAGUUCGUUAUUAACUCAACAUGAUUGGGAUUAAUAAUCAGUGAAUGAAAACAGCAUUUCUGUUAAAAAA